AUGCCUGACUAUGCUGCAUCACGCUACUACCCGACUCGGGUAGGUGAAGUUCUCAAGAACCAAUAUCAGAUUGUGGGAAAACUUGGAUUCGGGACCAGCUCGACCGUGUGGCUUGCGCGGGACAUGAACUACCGUCGCUACGUGACCCUUAAGAUCUACAUCACAGCUGCAUCGAUCGGGCAGCAUCUGAAUGAUGAGUUUAACAUGUACCAACGUAUAGAAAGGGGUUCAAGAAAUCACCCAGGUCGUGGCGCUAUUAGACCCCUACUUGACUCGUUUGACAUCAAUGGACCCCAUGAUAAGCAUCGUUGUCUUGUACAUCCUCCCUUGUGGGAAAGUGCCUUAACCUUCUUGUACCGGAACCCGGUGCGGAGGCUGCCUGUACCUGUCCUUGCAUCCAUCCUCAAGCGCCUAUGCUUGGCGUUGGAUUAUCUGCAUACCGAGUGCCAGAUCAUACAUACUGAUAUCAAGGCCGACAAUAUCAUGUUCGGUGUUGGAGAUGAAUCUGUCUUUCGUGGUCUCGUUAAAGAAGAGCUUGAAAACCCUAGUCCAAGGAAAGAGCUCGAUGGCAGAACUACCUACGUGUCCCGGGAGCUGGGGUUGCCUGGGGAAUGGGGCGCCCCGGUCCUUUGUGACUUUGGCUCAGCUGUGCCUGGUGAUGUAGAGCACCUAGAAGAUAUUCAGCCUGAUAUUUAUCGGGCACCGGAAAUUUGGAAUGUGUAUGAAGGCGGAUCCCUGGCCCAUCUCGCAGAGAUCGUUUGCCUACAUGGACCUCCUCCACCCAGUCUGCUUGCUCGAGGCAGACUAAAGUACAAGUUCUUCUCUGAUGAAGGUAAGGUGAUUUCCGUCGUGAUAAGUUCAAUGGAAACGACCCUUGAAGGGCAGGAAAAGGCCGAUUUCUUGCGCUUAGUGCGGAAGAUGUUGCAGUGGGACCCUGCCCAGCGUAGCUCAGCGAGAGAACUGCUGGAGGAUGAGUGGAUUUGUAGGCAUACUCGCAAUUGA